CCAGUGGUGGGGAUGAAAAUUAGUUACGGCAUCCACCAAGAGACCUAAAAGGAACUCCGUGCGCGGCGCGGCCAGGCAAGCACUUCGUGCAAUGUUACGCGUUAAGGUACCCCCGUGCGUCGUUGGCAGUGCCCGGUUACGAAGUUCAUCGUCGUUAUUGUCGCCGUCGUUCUCGUCCCCGGUGUUUGACGCGUGACGGUCAUCGACGUCACGCUGAGAAAAAAAAAAAAGUUCUGUUCGUUCGGUGGGUGCGUGAAACGACACGUUAUGGCUCACGGUGUGAGCGAAGUGCUCAGUGAGGGGAACUCGGUGAAAAUGGUGCAUCAGAAGCAGCAGUCGGUGGUGCAUCAGCCGCCGCAACAACAACAACAACAACAAAACGGGACGAGGAAAUCGGUCGGAGUGAUGGGCAGCAGACGCAUAUUCGCGCCGGCCUUCAAGCUCAAGGUUCUCGAUUCCUACAGAAAUGACAUCGACUGUCGCGGCAAUCAGCGGGCCACCGCGCGUAAAUACGGUAUCCAUCGCCGUCAGAUACAAAAGUGGUUACAGUGCGAGGAUAAUCUGAGAAACAGUUGCGCCGAGAGUGGAAACACGGGAGUCGUGUCGUCGUCGGUGAUUCCUCCUUCCGCGGGUGUUUCCAAGCCGGACGGUACCGUGACGGAAGCCACGGGGCUUGCCGUGACUCCAGCAGCGCCGGCCUUGAACCUCAGCCUCGCCAGACUGCACGGCGACGAGCUGGCUACACAGCAAGGGCCCCCACCUCUUCUUCCUCAUCCUCCUCAUGGUGGUUCACCCUCUUCGCCCCAAUAUGCCGGUCAAUCCACCACGGUCGCCUCGGUUUUGCCCGUUCGGAUCGGUUAUCAAGAGUACUCCGGUAAUCAGGAGUCGCCGGCGCAUCACCUUCGUCGCGAGGUGGACGAUCGCGCCCAGAUAACGGACUCUGUUCGCGAUUACGCGGAAACACGUGCGGAUCAGGAACAGCAGGCGAGCUACUACGUUCUGAACGCGGACGGUCAACGGGAGAUCGAGACCACCGCGUCGUUCGACGGUCGAAACGAGGCGAAGGUGUACCAAACGCUCACGAGUUAUCGCGUGUCCCCUCAUCAGGCGCACCGGUACAAGGAGAACGAAAUAAUCGGUGCGAUGGUUCAUCACCAGCAGCACUCGAAUCGUCAUCGAUCGCAGCAGAGUUACGGGGACGUGGAUUCCUCCGUGGACGGGAAAUCGUCGUACGGUUUGCUACUAGCGCCGUCGAUGAUAAAGACGGAACGAGCGAGCCCAGACUCGGCGGCGACGCCAGGGCCGUGCGAGUCUACGUGUUCGCCCGGUGCCACCAGGGUCCCACUCUCGCCCGAUUCGCAUCGCGCAACCAGCACCACCAGCACCAGCUCCACGAUGUCCGUUCACUUCGAUUCCCCGCGGCCGUCCGCGAGUCCCUGUUCGCGCGUGCACGUGCACGAACACGAACACGAACACGAACUCGCACACGCGUCACCGACACCGGAUUCCGAGAAGCCGAUCCGACAGUCCACGGAGACAACGGCCCAUAUCGAAGAGAAGGGAACGGCGGAGGAGCAGGAGGUUGCAGAGGAGGCGGCAGAAAUCGGCAGGGCGGUGGUCAAGGAAGAAUUGCACAUAGAGGAGGAGGAGACGAUCGACGAGGGAAGAGAGGCCGACGCAUCCUCGUACGUCGAUUAUCAACGACCACCUGCCGACCUGCGUCCGGCGAGCCCGGCUCACGAUCGAGAAGGAUACUCCUUGCCCUCGAGCCCUCGUGGGCCCGCCAGUUCCGGGAGAUCCAGCACCAGUUGCUCGGACAGCGAGAUGGACCCUCUCGAUUGCUCUUCCGGCGGACACAAUUCGUCCAACGAUCUCGCUCGUCGACGGUCCUUCUCGCUGCGCUUCAAGCUCGACGUGCUCGACGCUUUUCACAGGGACGUAGGCGUGGCGGGCAAUCAGCGCGCCACCGCGCGAAAGUUCGGCAUAAAUCGACGACAGGUACAGAAAUGGCUGGGCCAGGAGACGGAGCUACGCGGCGAGAUCGCCGUGCGCGGGAACUCGCGGCAACGGCUGGGCCCCAUCCAGGAUGCCGCUUCCGGUGAGUCACCGGUGGACCUGAGGACGUCGAAUUACGUUUCCAGCAUGUCCCACGAUCGGAUCGAGCCCGAGUACAACCUAUCGCCACCGCCUCUUUACUGUUGCGACGUGGGUUCCUCCUCCUCGCAGCAUCUUCCGUACUACCACCACUCGAUCGUCGUCGACCCGUCCUCGGAGAGCGAGCCAGCUACUUCUUGCAAUCUCUCCUGCUGCAUGGACAUCCACGCGACGACACCGGCGUCCUCGUGCUACCAGGAAACGUCCUUAAGAGGAUCUUGCUACUCGGAGCCGCAGAACAGGCUGUACUGUUAUUCCCCCAGAGAGUACUCGUCCGAGAUCGCCUCCGUGGAGGAAUUCACGACCUCCAAGAGACCGCACUGCACGCUGUCGUGCUGCUACGAGCCUCUGUCCUCGCCGAAGAGGCUCUGCUUGGAACAGGACGAACCCAUGGCGACCAGUCCCGUCUGCCAGGAACCGCCGCCCCAGGACACGCCGCUGUGCCUCGUGAAACCGAAGAGGCUCCACGACGGUGACCCCUCGAGAACGGAACCGGUGACCAGCACUGUCCCGACGCCGCCGGCAUCCGCCGCGCCCCCGCCCCCGGGACCAACAUCCAAGAAGGACGCCAUCCUUUUCAAACCGUACCUGGACAAUCCCGUGAGCAAGCCCGCCAAGGAGCACGCGAUCCAGAGGGGUCUAUCGCCCCUCAGCAGCCAGAACGUGAUCAACAACAACAACAACAACUGCCAAAGCAUCUGCAAUCUGAACGAAGGCAGGGGCCACGAUUACGCCCUCGAGCUUAGUUUAAGACUGCCGGUAUCCUGGAGGACUCAUCCGAGUUCGUACACCGAGUUCCCGCAGGUCAGGAGCGCGUUCGUUAGGUAUCCAGCGAGUCCUCAUUACAGUUAAUUCGAGAACAGUCGAAUCGAUCCUCGACGCGGCGGAACGGAAAUCGCGGUAUCGAUUUUGUAAUAAACAAAUUAUUUUCUUUUUUUUAAGAUCUACGGAACGCAUACUAAUUUAGAUACUGGACGAGAAACAGGAUUCGAAAGGAUUCGGUCGAUACGUGAUUCGCGGCACAUCGCGCGCCACGUAAGCAGCUUUUUUUUUUUAUCGUUUCGAUGCCACGUUACACAUCGCGAUAAAGUCUUAAUCGGCCGGCCAUUGGUCGAUCCGUGGACGUGGUAGGAGAUUAUGGACACCGCGUCGCGUCCUCGCACGGCGUGUUUUCCCUGCUCGUCCAGACCGUAGAUCUCUUCCCCUCCACGAAAAUCCGCGCUGAUAUCCGGCGAGACUCUUUUUUUCGCGCUAUCCUAUCGCCGAGAUUACCGUUCAGCUCCUAUCGGCUGGGCCGUUUAGAGGUCGCGUAGAUUCUCGUUAUUAUUACGGAAUUAUGUCAGCAGCGACGGUAGAUACCGAUCGCGAGGAAAAACUCUCCCGCGACGAGUUAUGCAACGAUCGAACGCGACACCGAAGUCGGGCUAAUUGUAUCCCGCGAGUGGAAACUUUUCAAAAUUCGCUAUCGAUUUUUCCGCGAGUUUCGUGUUCGUCGGGGAUCGAUCGUCGUCAGACGUCGUUUAAUUGCUCAAAGAAUUUCUUCCAUGCGCGCACCUGUGUUGCACGCACGGUGCGCAAGUAUUACGACAGGGUUCCGUCUCCGUUUUCUUUUCUCUCAUUAUUUUUCUUUUCUUCUCCCCCCGCCUUUCGACCGGCGCAGUUUUCCUCCGUCGUUUGGAUCGAUGGCUUGUAAAUAAUUAUGUAAAUACGCGACGUGGAAUCGACGAUGGCGCGGGAGGAUCGAGCCGAUCUCGAGACGAAGAUCACGAUCGGUUCCGGUGGUCCUUGCUCGCGAAAAUUUUUCAGGAUGAAACGGAACAACGACGAAGGAUACUCGCCAGGGUGAAUCCGUCGCGAUGGCUUCCGUUCGAAACCGCUCCGCGUGCCUUCUUUCCUACCGAUUUUGGAGCGAAAAUAUAUAUUUUGUACCGAUCUAUGCUCUCCUCCGGAUCGUCAACGAUUCACGAGACUCCAUCAUGGCCGUUGAAAAUCGUCGAAACGGAGGAGAGCAAGAAAUUGUUAGAGUCGAAUAAAUUUUAUUUCGGGUGAAUAAAAUUUGUAAGGCGAUGGAAAGGCUAAUUCUCAAGAGGCUGAUCGUAGAGGGAGAAUUUUUAAAAGACAACACACACAUACACACACGAGAACGCUUCGAGAUAACUCGCGUGCCUUAUAUUCGAUAUUCGAUAUUCGCGGAUAGAGUUUCGCCUAAUUCGAGUUUGAGAAUCGUGAAAGUGUCUUAUUUUCUGUUACGUCGAUGGUACAAUUAUAUGGAAAGAAAACCUCGAAUUAGGCGACUCGUCUUGAGCAAACAUAAAAGGGAUGUUCGUUCUUUUCGGGGUCAUGCGAUUUUUUUAGUAAAAAAUGUACAAAGUAUUUUGGUAUACAGUUUUUAUUAAUAUUUACCCAUCUUCUGGGAAGAUUUACAAAUUUUUAUACAAGAAAAACAUGGUACAAUGGUAACAAAUAUCAAUUUUUCAAAACAUUUCUCAAUUUUAAAUACAAAAUAUUUUUAUAA